GAGGAGAUUAAGUACUAACUUGUAUAUUAAUAAGCGUGAUGGUGAACUACUUGGGUUCAUUUAGAGUUCUUGCCGGUGGAAAUGAAACUAGUAAAAUGUUGACUCGCUUUCUUGUGUUGUCGUUGUUGACGCAACGGAAUUUGAUAUCAUCAGAACCAGAGGUGAAUGAAAAAACUGAAAAUACACGUGCAACCAGGCAGUUGAAUUUUGGCGAAUGCUGUCCGUGUCCAGGGCAAGAUGCAUUUCAAGAUCAGAGCUCUGCGGGUCCUCUUAUAAAUUCAAUAUCAGCAACAGAUGAUACCAGCUGUCCAUGCAAGAUGACCUCGGACUCUGAAGGCGCUUCAUCCAUCUUCCGUCCUGUAUUCAGAGCAGCUCAACCAAAUAUAAGACCAGUGUCGAGAAAAGAAGAGCCAAAACCUCUUUUGAAUCCAGAGGUAGACCUUGCAUCAUCAGUUUUAGAAACUUUACGAGAAGUUACAGAUCAAGAGUAUCAGGAAGCAUUGGUCAGGGAUGCUGCAAGAAGCGCAUUACAAUUUAUGGACCCAGAACUGCCAAAAACUGAACCAAAAGAUGUAGUCAACAUUAUUGUAAGCCCUAAUGACGAUAACAACGGUGACAUUAUAUCAGAGGCUACAGAAAUGCAAACAAGCACUUAUGUCCUCCCUCCUUUAAGUACAAAUAACAACGAUGAACAUUUACGACUACAGCCUUCAACGAAUUUACUGAAGCACAUUUUGACUCCACGAAAUAAUAUUUUGGAAAAUAUGAAAACUAGAUUAAAUUUGUUAAAUUUAAAACCAUUUUCGAACACUGAUAACAGAGAUUUUCUAACUUCACCAAGUAUUCUGCAAAAAUAUUAUUUAAAAAAUAAUAUUAGAGAUCGUGUCUUAUCCGAAAAUAGGCCAUUAAUAGAUGAAAAAUCGGAGUCGCCAAAUAAUCUUAAUGAACCUUUUGCAAGAAAUGCUGCAGGCAUAAAAAAAAUAGAUAUGGAACCGGAUGAGGUGCCUGAUUUUAAGAAUAAUCCUACAGCAUCAUUUGGUGAUAGCGCAAAGAAACAGAAAAUGUUAGCUGGAGACAUACUUCAAAACACUGACUGUACAGAAACUUUUAGUGAGCCAAAUUUAUCCGCCAGUAAAGAGGGUUCGGAAGAUUUUGAUAUAGUUCCAAGUUCUUCGAAAGUAAUUGAAGUUGAAAGCCUAGGAAUUAUAGAAAACCCGAAUGUUGUUAUGCAAGAAAUUGAUCCUGACACUAACAAUUUCAUUCCUAGUGCCUUAGAAUCUGAAACCAAACAAAAUAGCUUUCCCAAGAAUGUGGAAGAUGUCUCAGAAGUAAUAACAGAAGACUCUAACGUUGAAGAUGUACAAACUAAUGACUCUGAAACUGAGAAUACUACAGAACAUACAGAAAAUAUAAACGAUAUGAAAUCUGAACCAAGUAUCAAUAGAAAUAUAGUCACAAAUUUACCAGAUACAGUUGCCAGUACAGAAUUUAUAUCUACCACUGAAGAUGAGAGCAAAAUAAGGAAUGCUUAUCCCAUGACUUCAAAAGGUGUAAAAGAUCAAGAAUCUUUAGCUUCAACUUCUGCAGAAAAAGAUAUGGUUGAAUCAACAAUUCAUGCUUUGCCAAAUAUUAAAGCAGACAUGUUUAGAACGCUAGAAAGUUUUAAAAAAGCAAAUGAAAAAAUUCAGGAAAAAUUAAGAUACAAUGUACAAGAUGCUUUACAGCUAGUUAUUGCUAAUGAACCCUUAAACUCACCAUUUCAAACAGGCACUGAACCUCUAAGUAAAAUACGCGCUUCUUCUGUAGAACAACCACAAGAUAAUGCAAACACUGUAAUAAAUACAGGUGACGAAAAAAGUUUGAGUACCCAAGAUUUGCAAGAGAUGUCAGAUUCAUUACUUGAACUCAGCUCCUUAAAGGAUAACUCUAAAACUUCGACGACGCCUAAUAUCAAGGAAAAGUUAGUUGAAGAAUUGGAAAAUAAACCUGCAGAAGUUGAAAAAGUGGCUUAUAUUGAUGAUAUGAUCACUGCACCGACUUCUUUGAACGAUAAUAACAAUAUAAUAAACUUAAAAAAUGAGAAAUCAAAUUUAAGGCUGAAAGGCCAUAAUUUAAAUGGUAAAAGUAAUGAAAUUGAAGGAAAUAUAUGUAGUAACAAUAUUAUACCAAAGAACUCUGAUUCUAGUAUCACGAAAAAUGAGGAUAGUGAAAUGUCUGCUCAACCUAGUAAUUCAGUUUUGAAUCGCAUAUAUCAGCAAGAUGCGGAUCCACCCAGAUCGGGAUUGUUACAAAGGGACUUUAUUGUACAACCUGAAGAUAGUGUCAAGCCCAUUGAGGGUAUUAAAGAUUUUUUGAAUAGUUUUAGGGCUCUAGGUGCAGACCGAUUUACAAACGAUGAUAGUGAAUCGGCAUUUUUUGAUACUCAACCAUUAUUUAGAUCUAGUAUUGGUAAGAAUAUGGAAGAGUCAAAAAAAAUUUUCAGAGGUAAUGGACCUAAAUUUAACUCAGAUUCUAAUUUAAGUUCAAACAUAGCUAAAGUAGCAAGUCCAAAAUCUUUAGAUUUCAACUCAUUGCUGCCAACUUUUCCAUAUUCAAGUGAUGAAGCAGAUGUAUUGGGCUUCGCAUCGCAAAAAAUACCUCAAACUACUAAUUUAAGAAACAUAGUUAGGAAUAAUUUUGAAAAUGGAUUAAAUCCUGUGUUAAAAACUAUAGAAACACCAAAGGUGCUCCAAGACACAUUUUCUUCUAUAACUCCAAGUCUUGCUGAGAGUUUUAAAUCUCACACAAAUAACGCUUUAAAAACUUUUCGAAAUACCUUAGAUAUGGCCCGUGGAGAACCAUUUAAUAUCAAUAAGAAUAAUUUGUUGGGCAAGUCCCUAAUAAAUCCUGAUCAUUUAUUUGGAAAUUUUCGAAAAACUCAUGAUGAUUUUAAUGAUAAAGUACAAGCUUUUCACUCUGACCUCAAUAGAAGACUUAGUUCAUUAUCUUCACGAACAUCAACUGACGGGUCUCGAUUAUUAUGGACUCCAAGCAGGUUGAAAAAUAGAGCUGAAUCUCACGACAUAUCAAGUAAGAAUACUGCAGCAAUGCCUGUCAAAACGAAAUCGCCCACUAUGAAAAAUACACUACUAUCAAAAAAUAUACCAAGCACUGAAACGAACAAAAAGGAAUCUACUGAUUUAGCAUCCAGAUCAAAUAAAGCUAAUAUCCUUAGAUCUAACAUUAAGGAAAAAUUAGGUAUUUUACCACAUCAAAACGAUUUGAGUUCUAAAAAAGCGCAUAUCGCUAUUAACCCUCCUAAAAGUAUUUUAACUGCAAAACAGCCACUAAAAAGUCAUAUGAAAUUAAAACCACUGAAGGAAAAUAAAGUAACAAUAUCUUUUGCUACGACAUCAAUACGUCCCGACCUAUUAAAAUCAAGGUUUAAGCCCACACUUCAAAUGGAUUCUCCUAGGUCUAGUUCUGUAGUUGAUUUAGCAAAAUUUCCCAAAUUCUCGAAAAGUUUGGAAGAUAAUAAGAAACCAACUUUGCGUUCGGAAUUAAAAUCCAAUGAGCCAAAGGUUUUAGCAAGCGAAAUUUCUCUGUCGAGAGCAGUAAUUCCUGAAACAAUAUCACAAGAGGUCCCUUCUCUCGAAGAAUCAGAAAGAUUGUAUGACGAGAGUAUAAAUUAUGACGAUAGACGCCCCGUAGAUGUAUCAGAAGCAAAUAAAAGAAAGGCUAUGUUAUUCUCAAAAUUAAGAAGACCUCUUGCAACUGGAAUCACAAGUGACGGUACGACGAGGAAUAAUAAAGUGCUAUCAUCUAGACAAAACGAAAAUGAUGCAACUCAAUCCGCUUCUAAUAAUAUUGAUACAAGUAUAUCUGCAACUGCUUUUGUAGAAGAAAGAUCAAAAAAUAAUAAUCAAUCAUUCAAAUGCAAAAUGGUUUGUAUGCAAGAUAUUUUAGAUUCAACAGGUGCAUACUUAAUGAUACAUAUUGUAUCAGUCAUGAAGAUUUUUGCGUUAUUUUUUACAUUAUUUACGCAUACUAAAUUCCUUUGUGCGGACAAGCCAUGUGCGAUAAGGCCUAUAGAAAAUCAAUCGGUGGUGUGUGUGUGCAAUUCAACCUAUUGCGAUGACGUCAUCAGAACUCAUCCUGCGUACGGCACGUUCAAUGUCUACACUUCGUCUCAGAGUGGACUACGUUUUAAAAAAAGUGUUGGGCGUUGGGGUGGCAACCUGACGUCUUCAAAAAGAACUCUAUAUUUGGAUCCAUCAAAACAAUAUCAGCGUAUUGAGGGCUUCGGUGGUUCUGUAACUGAUUCAGCUGCUAUAAAUUGGAGAAGCCUCUCUCCAGAGCUGCAGGAUUACCUAGUCAAGUCCUACUUCAGCGAGAAUGGUUUGGAAUACAACAUGGUGCGGACGCCUAUUGGGGGCUCUGACUUUUCGGUCCGCCCCUAUGCCUACAAUGAACUGCCCUUGGAUGACGUAUGGCUCACUAAUUUCACAUUCUCACCAGAGGAUAUACAUUACAAAAUUCCCUUGUUCAAAUCAAUCUUCAAAGUGGCAAAGACACCUGUACACAUUGUUGCUACGACCUGGUCCCCUCCACCGUGGAUGAAAACCAACCAUAACUAUAGCGGUUUCAGUCAACUCAAGCCGGAAUACUACCAAACCUACGCUGAUUACCAUUUAAAAUUUUUGGAGAUGUACAAUGCGGCAGGUGUGCCCAUCUGGGGGAUCACAACAACCAAUGAACCUAUUAAUGGUAUCUUUGGCCUUGCAAACUUCAACUCUCUUGGGUGGACUGUGCAAGAAAUGGGAAAAUGGAUUGAGCAAAACCUAGGUCCAACAAUACGCAACUCUACGUUUAAAAAUGUUAAAAUAAUUACUGGCGACGACCAAAGACUAACAAUACCCUAUUGGUUUAAUUUACUGUACACUUACCAUCCUAAGGCUUUGGAGUAUAUAGAUGGCCUUGCAGUGCAUUAUUAUACAGACAAAUUUAUUGGCCCUGAAAUAUUUGAUACGGUGACUUUAACACAUCCAGAAAAAUUCAUUUUGGCAACUGAAGCUUGUGAAGGUAGUUUUCCUUGGGAGACACAGAAAGUUUUAUUAGGAUCAUGGGAUAGAGCAAAAUCGUACAUAAUAGAUAUACUUCAGGACUUAAAUUUCAAUUUAGUGGGUUGGAUUGACUGGAACCUGUGUUUAGACAAGAAAGGGGGACCGAACUGGGCAGGUAACUACGUCGAUUCCCCAGUCAUUGUGGACAAAGACCGCCAGGAGUUCGUCAAGCAGCCGAUGUUCUAUGCGAUGGCGCAUUUCUCAAAAUUCGUUCCUCGCGAUUCCGUGAGAAUUGGAAUAACAGAAAAGCAUCCUUUUCUUUCGUUGAGCUUACACAAAAUCGCCUUUCUAACGCCGAGGAAUACUAUUGUCGCUAUUAUUUACAACGGCGGCAGUGAACAAACAAUCAGCUUGCAAAAUGGAAAGCAGCACGCGAUCUUACUUUUGGAAGCCCACUCUAUUACCACUGUGGAAUUUCCUCAUACGCAGACUAAAUAAUUUUUAUUGAUGUUUGUAGUAGUUAUUUUUAUAGUGAAAGUGAAGCUACGAGUACCUAAAUGAAUAGUUUAUGUUAGUAAGUAAUAAAAAUAUUCUAUUGGAAUU